UCUGCUGUUGAAGUUGAUGAACGCACUUAGAGGAGCAUCCAUUGGGAGUUUUAUACUUUAAUCUGAUUAUUUACUGUCGCAAACGAUGGAAAGCAAGGUCACUAUGUUUCGUGCACUUUUUCUUGCCUGUCUUACGUUCGUUAAAGGAUCCCCAGCAUCAGUAACAGUGGACGCGCUUCCUAAAGCAACAGAUGUAUUCUGGUCAUCUUACAAUUUCAAAACAAUUUUAACAUGGGGGCCUAAACCUGUCAACUACACAUAUACUGUUGAAUUUUUCAGAGUUGGUAAGAACAGACAGAGAAACCCUCACUGCAUUAGAAGCACCGAAACCGAAUGUGACCUGACCAAUGAAUUUAAAGGAGACUUAAAGGGGGUUUAUACUGCCGAGGUGCUUUCAGAACCCUUACCUGGCAUGACAACUGAUCACGAGGAGCUUCCCUUUACCAGAUCAAAGACAUUCUGUCCAUAUAAUGACACUUUGAUUGGAAGACCUGAUUUCAAGUUGAUGGUGAAUGAAGACAAGAAGAUUAUGCUCAUCAUACAAGACCCAGUCACAGCUCUGGUCAAAGAUGGCAAACCUCAGAACAUCCGUGAAAUCUUUAAGAAAAAUCUCAAGUACAAGAUUUCGUACAACAAAGCUGGAAGCACAGGAAAAAAAGUACAAAUCGUGGAUGAAAAUAAAAUGGAGUAUAGUAGACUAGAUGAAAAUCAGAGUUACUGCUUUAGUGUGGCGGCAUACAUCCCCUCCCGUAAAGGAGACAAACAAGUUGGCAAGUGGAGCCUACCCAAGUGCUCCCCACAGGAGCACAAGACUUUGUUUCAAGAAUAUGGGUUGAUAGUCAUUGGAGGAGCAGCUCUCAUUAUACUGCUUUUGGUGAUUGCUUUAAUUGUUUUGAUAGUGUUGUGCUGCAAGCAUGCAAAACGAUUGGCUGCUAAGGAAAUCACAGUGGUCUAGACUACCAUAGAGAAAUAUAAUAUACAGAUUGACCUCAGAAUGGGACAUACAGCUGGACUGUAUUAAUUCUUAUUAUGCUGGGAUGGACAUUUGGGUGUCUACUAUGUUAGACUGGUUUCUGUGAAACACUACAUGAUGCGUACAUAUCGGACCAUUUUUGGAUCAUGAAUGUUUAGAAUAUUUAUUUUCUUUAUUAGCUGCUAUAUGUUUAUUGAGGUUUUAUAUGUAUAGAGGGAAAUAUUUAAUGUUCUAAUAUCUAUUUUUUAUGUAAAUUAUUUCACUGGGAUUUACUAGCUACAGCAAAUAAAUGAUCA